GCGGGCUCCCGCCUGGGGCGGGCUCCCGCUUGGGGCGGAGGUUACUGGGAAGCUCCGGCCCUUCGACCCCUGCGGGCCCUAGGUUGCUGAGGACCCUCCCGAAGCUCACCUGCUCUUCCGGGGCAGCAUACCCGCUGUGGGGCCACCCCUCAAAUACUCCUUGAGGAGUGGACAUUCCUUUCGCGGGUUUCAACAGGUUACCCAUUUCUGGCAGGAGUACCACAGAGGUAAUGCUACUCUUCUCGGGGCAUCAUGUCAGGAAACACAGAUGUUGAAAUACUGAUUGAGGUGGUGCCAUGCAGCAAGAAGCAGAGAGAUGCAGAGUUCGAGCCAGAAGGCCUGACAUGGCACUUUAUGUACCUAAAGCUCGAAGAGGUGUAAUACUCCUCAAGUCAGGUGAUGGGGAAAAAAGAUGUGGUCAACCUAACUCCAUGGUGAAACAAGAACAAAAAGAAGAAUGUCUGUCCCAAAAGGAGAGCUUUAGAGACAAACCUGAGGCUCAAAGACUAAGUAAUAUUAAGGAGUACAAUCUUAGGGGAGGAAAGAAAUCUUCAAAAAAAUUAAGAAAAGACAAAUGUCUUCAAGCAAGCAAGCAAGCUAGUGUUGGUACUAAGAGGGGAAGUACAGAAUCCAAAGAAGUAUUAUCCCAAGGACAUCAGCACAGAGUCCCAGAUCCUGGGAUUAUACCUAGUAUACCUUUACAAAGACAUUUAAAACCACUGAAGGUGAAGUGUUUGGAGGUUGGAACCACAGAUGUGACAAGACAUGAGAGGUUGCCUCUCCCUCAGUCUUGUUCAGAAACCAGUGAGGCUCAAGCUCUGAUAAACAGAACAUUACAAAAUAAGGAAUUCUGUGAUUUCAGUAGGCAUGAAUUAAGUGGGGAAGCAUGUAAAGACAGAGGUUUGGAAAGCAGAACUGAAACUGAUACCAAGGUUGUGGCGAUACUAUCCCAGUUUCCUGGAGUUUUUAGUUCUGUGUUGACAUCUCAGAGUAUGACUGUACCAGUAAAACCAACUUCUGAUUCUGGGAUUGUACAACAAAGCAUGCAAACCUCAGGUGGAGUGUUGAAGCUCAGCAAUGGAGGUGUCACCAUGAGUUCUGUUCCUGGAAGUCCGGAUGGUGUCACUGACCAAACUUGUGUAGACUUUGAAGCUGAGAAUGUUGGUGAUAGAUCCAACAAUACUGAUUUCAUGUUGGGUCAGAAAAGUAUAGAUUCCAUUCCUGAUACCGUGAGUAACAUCUCUCAUAGAAUGACUGUAAUCCCCAAAUUAGAGAGCACAAAUGGCAUUUUUGAUUCAACAAUGAUUAGAGAGUAUGAGAAUGACAGCACUGCUGAUGAGUUAUGUGUACAGUAUGAACCUUCUGAUGCAGCUUUCCUUCCUCAUGAAACAGUUACAGAAAAUGGCUCUAAGAGCUUAGGUGACAUUACCAAUAAGGCAUGUAUGAUAGACAUUACAGAUGUCAUGCCCAAUCAGAAAGCUGUAGGCAGCUCUUGUAGAGUUGCAGUUAGAAUAGUUGAUGGGGCCUGUAGCAACAUAAGUAAUUCCUCAGAAUAUUUAGAAAUGAGUGCAGAUACAGCUCCUCUUCAUACAGCUGGAAGUGGUAAUGACACUGAAAAUUUCAGCAACCUGACUGCUUGCUCAGAUAUUUAUGCUGAGAGUAUUUCAUCUAUUUUCACAAAGUCAACAGGAAAGUUGAUAGAGAGCUUGUCAGAUUCUGCUUCUUCCUUACCUAUAAAGAAGAUUGCUGGUAGUAAUUGUAACACUUUUUUGGACUCUGAACUCAGUAUGUUAAAUGGGACAGUACUAUCAGACAGUGCCUUGGGCAAUGAUCUAGAUUGUACUGGUGAUAUAGCAGAGGCAUUGAAUGAACUAAAAACUGCUGAAGAGUUCAAAACGAAAGAGGAAGAUGACUCAGAGAAUAUAGAAUUUGGUGUAUCCUUUCCUGAUAUAGACUCUUUGUCUGUGGAAAAAUCCAUGGAAAUGAAAGCAACUAAAACUUCUUACAUGGAAGAAAGUGCUGCCAUUGAGGAGAGCUGGGAGUCUAUGUUUAAUGAUGAUGGUGACUGCCUGGAUCCACGUCUUCUACAAGAGUUAUCAGGGAAUAUGAAGAAUAGAGAAAACAUCCAGGAACCUAGAUUUGAUUAUUACAACCAUGAAGUUUCUGAUAUUGACCUCAGUGAUUGUGAAUUCCCACAUGUCAUUGAAAUUUAUGACUUCCCCCAAGAAUUUCGUACUGAAGACCUCCUACGGAUUUUCUGCAGUUAUCAUAAGAAAGGAUUUGAUAUUAAGUGGGUGGAUGAUACACAUGCCCUCGGAGUGUUCUCCAGUCCAGUCACAGCUCGUGAUGCUCUGGGUAGUAAACAUACCAUGGUGAAGAUCCGGCCCUUGUCACAGGCCACAAGAGCAGCCAAGGCGAAGGCUAGAGCUUAUGCCGAGUUCCUCCAGCCAGCAAAGGAGCGUCCUGAGACUUCAGCAGCCUUAGCCCGAAGGUUAGUCAUCAGUGCCCUUGGGGUUCGAAGUAAGCUGAGCAAAACAGAACAGGAAGCAGAGCUCAGGAAACUGCAAGAGGCCCGAGAGAGAAAACGACUGGAAGCCAAGCAACGGGAAGAUAUCUGGGAAGGCAGAGACCAGUCUGCAGUUUGAACAUCACUCAGUGAAAGGGGAUAUUCCAUGAAUUCAGAAAAUAUUUCCUUAGUCUUCAAAUAAGAGGAUCCUUCCAGAGAUCUGUGCACAUGCAGAUGUGCAUGUUAAUGGAAGAGAGAGCCAAAACUAUCAAGACAAGGACUGACUGGGUAUAGAAAGAAGAUAGAUUCCUGUCUGUCUUCACUCCUAAAUGCAGUUCUUUGGAAUCACCCCACUGUGUUGGGUAUAGAAGGAAGCUGUUAGUUAGGAAGAAGCUUGGACGAUGUGACUUUUGAGUCCUCUGGACAGAGCAAGUCAUGUUAGUGUGGGUCACACUUCGGAGCUAUUUUAAGCAAAUACAAAACAGAGGAUUCAAACCUGCAAUGAUGGGAGAUUUAGGCUCUGCAAAGGCAGGGUGUUCCUUGUACCUCUCAAAGCUGAGAACAGCAGUAUUGGGUGGGGGAGGGGAGGGAGCAGUUAGUACAAAAAGACAGAACAGUGUCCGAUGUACUUGGUAUUCACAGAAUCUACACCGUCAGGCCAGAACUCCAAAGCUGCUGAAUUGCAACAGAAGUAGAAAAUUGGACUCCAGAGUUUGUACUGAGCUGUACCUCGGGCUGUCCAUCUACAUAGCAGCCAGGGGCAUGCCAGCCUCAUUCCUCAUAGGAAGCCAGUGUUGGGAGCUGGGUGCCAGUUCCAGUUUUAAGCAGUACUAUCAUGUUGUAAGUGGGAGACAUUAAAGCCCAUUUUAUGACA